AUGCGGAUCCACUGUCUGGAGAAUGUGGACAAAGCUCUUCAGUUUCUCAAAGAGCAGCGUGUACACCUGGAGAACGUGGGAUCUCACGACAUUGUGGAUGGGAACCACAGACUGACGCUUGGCCUUAUGUGGACCAUCAUCCUGCGCUUCCAGAUUCAGGUGAUUCGAAUCGCCACAGAGGACAACAGAGAGACACGCUCAGCCAAAGACGCCCUGCUGCUUUGGUGCCAGAUGAAGACAGCCGGGUAUCCCGAGGUGAGCAUCCAGAACUUCACCACAUGUUGGAGAGAUGGACUGGCCUUCAAUGCCCUCAUCCACAGACACAGGCCGGACCUUAUGGACUUCCAUAAACUGACCCGCUCCAAUGCUACACACAACCUUCAGCAGGCUUUCACCAUCGCAGAGCAGCACCUGGGACUCACCAAGCUGUUGGACCCUGAAGGUAGUGACGGGAAGCUGUUCAAAGGCUCAGCUCAUGUUUUCUGA